UUCAUAAACAAGCGGGGCAGAGAGAGAGAGAGAGAGCUGCGUGUGUACAUAUUGACGGGCCAAACCCUACCGGCUGAUAUCUGGUCUCGUCUAACUCUCACGCAUAUCCUUCCUCCUUCCAAGUACCGGGCCGGCUAGUUGAGGAGGAAAGAUCGAUAGACCUGGUACUACUUGAAUAUACACAUUAAUGGCGGCGGCGAGUAGGAGCGCGUCGGACACGGCGGAGGGGUGGCGAGAUGGGGGAAGCAUCGACGACGAGGGAGCGGAGGUCGAACUGAGUCUACGGCUUCGGACCGGAAGCAGCAGCAGCGCGGCGAGGAGGAGCAUGACCAUAUUCUACAAUGGCCGGGUGUGCGCCGUCGACGUCACCGAGCUCCAGGCAAGGGAAAUCAUAACCAUGGCAAGCCAACAAAUUCUAACCGAGCAGCAGGACAGCAGCGGCGGCGGCACUGCAGUGGCACAGUGCGGAGCUCAUCAGAAUCCAAGCCAGUCGGCGCCGCAACGUUGGGCUUCACGUCCGCUUCGUCAGGGAGCGGUCACCAGCCAAGCGGCCGCCGCGGGGCUGUCGAUGAAGCGGUCGUUGCAGCAGUUUCUGCAGAAGCGGAAGACAAGGGUCGCCGCCAUGGGUUCGCCGUACGCCGGCGGCCGGCGGGCGGUGCCCUCCUAGUCCUAGGCCGGUGGUUAAAGACAUUUACGUACUUGUAGUAGCUAGCAUCUGGUUAUUUUUGUUCUUGAAACUUGUAUUUUCAAGCAUGAGAUUGGAGUGUUCAAAUCAAGUUUUCGUUUGUUCGAGUGUUCAACUAGUUA